GUUAACACAGCGGAAGCGGGCAAUGGCGGCGUAAACAACGCAAAGAUCCCUGCAAACGACUGUUGUCUCUCUUGAACCACGAUGGAAAGUAAAGCUCAAAAUAAAUGUAUGACUAAAUAGAUCAUAUCUUCCGUACAAGUAGGAUUUAUCUGAAGUGUGUAACCAUCAACCCCCCCUGGUUCGCUUCUUGAAGGCGUUGAGCCGCUGGUUUCGGCUAACCUUUAGCCUUACUUUGGUUACUUCUAAAUAAGUUUUAAGAUCACAGAAAUGGACUGCGUGGUGACGGGAGGAAACGUGAAAGUGCUGGCCAAAGCCAUCCACUCUCUCUCCAGGAUCGGUGAUGAGCUGUACGUAGAGCCUCAGGAGGAUGGGCUGGCCCUGCGGUCUGUCAACUCAUCUCGGUCGGCAUAUGCUUGCUUCCUGUUUGCACCACUCUUCUUCAGCAGGUACACCAUCCCAAGUGGGCAUGCUUUCCGCUGCAAGAUGGCAAUAAAGAGUGUGCAGGCUGUAUUCAGGUCUCUGGCAACUCUGGAGAAGACAGUGGAAAAGUGUCACAUCCAGCUGCAUGAGCAGAAAAACCGCCUCACCUUCACCCUGCAUUGCAAACACGGCCUCCUGAAGACACAUAACCUGUCUUUCCAGGACAGUGAAAGCUUACAAGCAGUGUUUGAUAAGGACAGCUAUGCCAAUGAAUUAAGGUCCCAGCCCAGGCUGCUGGUGGAUACUGUCGUUCACUUUCCUCAGUCUGUGGAAGAGGUGACUGUGUCAGUGAGUGAUGAACGGAUGUGGAUUAGGAACCAUGUGGAGGAGGAAGCAGAGCAGUCCAGGGCCAUGCUGACGGAGCUGUGUCUGGCCUCAGAUGAGUUUGACCAUUUUGCCGUGAAAGCUCACAACAGCGUCACCUUUUGUCUGAAGGAGUUGCGGGGUUUGUUAGUGUUUGCAGAAUCGACUGGUCUACCUAUUUCUAUGUACUUUGAUGAGCCAGGCAGCCCUGUGGUGCUUUCAGUAACAGACAGCGUCCUGGAGGGGAACUUUGUGCUGGCGACACUUUCUGAGGACUCAAACCACCAUAAAAACAACACGCAACGCGCACGCACACCGCAGCCGCCCCCUCCUGAUGACUUCAUGAACGACGACAUGGACUCCUACAUUAUCGCCAUGGAUACCAGCAUGGCACCAGGGCCUUCGACUACAGGUCCACCUGCACAUCCCUUUGACGAUUCUACAUGUUCAAAACAGCCGACUGCAGCCAAUCAUAGGGCGAGGCAUCACAGUGAGGAGGAGGAGGAGGAGGAAGAUGAAACUGACGAUUUAGACAGACCGCCUAAUAAGAAGUUCUGUUCCCUGUUCUUUGGAUCGGUGCUCCCCCCGUCCUCUCAGAUGACGACUCAGCCAGUGUCCAGUCAGGAAGUGUUGGCCAGUGACAGCGAGGAUGACUCUCAAGCAGAGUGACGAUGAGUUGAAGGAUGAGAGGAGGGAGAUGGACUUGUAAAGUGUAUGAAUGUGUGUUUUGGAUUGCUUUUACACACCUACACCUUCUCCAGCACCGGAAAAGAAAAGGACUUCCUGAAACUUUAUUUUCCACCUUUACUGAGUGAAGAUAUCUUUCCUUUACAUGGUGAACAAUCAGAAGACAGUCUCCAGUACAGAACAGGAUCAACUCUGUUUGUUCCCACUUUUUAUUGAACUAUUAUGUCAAAGGUGGAUUAUGUGAAAUUGGAUGUGAAGCACUUCUUGUUUAUUUUGGUUCAGAGUAUAUGCAGAAGAGGUCAAGGUGAAAGGAAGCCUUCUCUAAAUAAAAGAGACAUAUUUUCAA